AUGGAGCCGUUGCCCAUCAAGAUUCUGCUGUUGGGGGAUGCCAACGUGGGCAAAUCGACGUUCUUGGCUCGCAUGAGCAAAGGAAGCAGCGCCUUGGAGGGGAAGGUCGAAAUCGCCUUCCUACGUGACACCGACCAGCCUUUUAUAUUUGAGGUGAAGAAUCGGAAAGGCGGUUAUCGUCUAGAGUUUUACGACACAGAGAGCCCUGAGAAUUGGCGACUUCUUGAGCCGGACUUGAUCAUUAUUUGCUAUGAUAUCAGCCAGAGGCUAAGUCUGAUCAAUAUGCAAAGAGUUUGGAUAAAGGAGGUUCGCUCAACGUUUCAGUCCGAAGCUAUACUGCCCAUCCUUGUGCUGGGUCUCAAAAGAGACCUCAGGUCGGAGGAUGACCCAAACGGCAUCAUCUACCCGCAGGAAGCUAUGAGGGUAUCUCAAGAGAUGAGAGCGGAUAAAUACGCCGAAUGCUCUGCCGUCACUGGCGAGCUUUUCAAGCUGGCCUUCGAGGAGAUAUUUAACACAGCCGUGCAGACGACCACAGCCAAGGGCGGCCAGAGUGACGGCGGCUGUGUGGCGAUGUGA